AUGUCAUCUUCGUCAUCCUCUUCACCCGAAAGGGGACCUCAGCUGCCAUUGCGACCAGCAUCUACACUCAAGAAGCACGUGCAGAAAUCAAGAGAAAUACGAACGCUUGAACCAGAUCAAACUGAGGAGUCGCCCUCUAAUAGGCUCCAUACCACCCCAACAUCCGUUACCACAGGUACAAGCUGCCCCUCUCCGAACAUCGAGGCUGGAGGUGCUGGCCCCUCAAACAGACCCUCCAACAAACAGCCACAGAGGAGAUAUACUCUCAGCAUAAUUCCGUCCUUAAAUCAGCAUAAGGAAUAUAGCUAUCCUGCAAUUUUGGGUGCGAUCGAGCGGGGCAAUAAUUUAAGAGACCAACUCAGACUCCUUCAUCAGGAACUACAGGACAUACAAAAAAACCCUGACGAUGACGGCGGAGACGACGUUGUUCGCAGAGAAGGAAUUAGACAGUUGAAGGAGGCUAUCGACAACACAAAAAUGGACAUUGCGGUGCUGGAUAGGUGGUUGGCAGAGGUGAAGCGGAGGGAGAGAGCCAGCGCGUUGGCAGACAGGACUGUUGGUUCAGUGACGACAAGUCAACACCCAACCAUCACCUCUGGGGCUACUGGUCUGUCGCCUAUCACAGGGCAGCCUAAGCGACAAGGAAGUGCUCCUGCGAGCAGUGGCUUUGGCAAGGCUAUUUCUUUGAAGAGUGCUGAUAGUACAGGCCUAAUCGUAAGCAGUGGUGCUGGCCGGAGUGCUUCUGCUUUCAAUUCAAGUAAGGGACGUUCUCACGAGAGGUGGUAUCCAGGGAUGGAGCCAAACGAGGAUGCUCUCCGAAACUCUGCUAGUUUGCCUACCCCCGGUAGCGAGGGAAAGCGUGCCGCACAUGAAAGUGCUGUUGAGAUUCUGCUUGAGGAGGGAACCAGAAAUUCCGAUCCUAAUCGGGCUCAAAGGGAGGCGCCAAGUUCAUGUGGUGACAUGAAUGUCAUGACAUCUGACCAAAAUGUAAACAUAAGGAUCACCGGUAGCGGUGCAUGUACGGCAAAAGGCACUGCCGGUCCAUCUAACAGCAGACAACCCCCAAGCCUGCCAAGGUCAAGUAGCCACCAGCGUCUUGCGAGCACUUCAGCAGCACCAGCACCAGCACCAUCAGCACCAGCACCAUCAGCACCAGCACCAGCGCCAGCACCACCAGCAUCAGCACCACCAGCAUCAGCAUCAGCACCAGCAUCAGCACCACCAGCACCAGCAAGGACGGCUGCUGAAGAGCAGGAUGCCGAGCUGGAAAUAGCUGGCCUCUGGAGGAGUUCUCGGGAGGGCGCUGCCAGCUCAUACGUUGGCAAUCCAAUCGUCACAAGUCCAUCUGUACCCACCCAUCCGCACCGCGAUGUGGGUUGGUCUUGUAUGGGUAGUGGCGCAGGUGCUGGUGCUGCUGGUUAUUGCCAUUCUGGAACGCAACAUGACACGCCUAGAAGGGGAACUUAUCAGAGACUCACGGGCAACAAUGCCGUUGGUAGCGGUACAGGGAGAAGCGUUGCUGGUCCAGCCCAUGGUUCGAUCGAUCAAUUUCUGCCUGCGCCAAUUGGUCAGGGAGUUGCUGCAGCGAGUGGUGCUGUGGGUAGUGGUAUAAUGGGAAGCGCUACUGCCCCAGCUGGUGACAUACCGAGUCACUUUCCGCCCUUGCCAUCUAGCCCAUGGUAUACUGCCGGUAGUGGCCCUACGGGUGGUAGUGUAGGAGGAGGCGCUGCUGGUCUAGCCCAUCGCGGCCCUACUUUCUUUCCUCCUUCAGCUGGCCAAUGGAACGCCGUUCCGAGGGUAGCUGUGGGUAAUACUAGAUGGACAGAAGCUGCUGGUCAAGCUGUCGGCACACCUGCCUACGGGACGGGUCUACCUGUUCCUGGUCUUCCAAGUAAUUCCACAUGGGGAGUUCCGAUUGAUCGAAUCCUUGGCUUACCCGGGUCUUCUAUGCCUCCGCUACCUGGCUUGAGUGGUGACAGGAUUGGCGGUGCUUCUGGUUCACCCAGCGGCGUUCCUGGACCUGCUUUGGCUCCUCCGGGCGCCUGGGGUACCGGUUCAUCCGUUACUCACGGCUUAUCCAGCGGUAUAUCCAGGUCGUCUUUCCCUCCAUUACUUAAUAGUUGGCCCGCCGCGGGUGGUGCUACAAUGGCUUGCACCCAAACGGACCCACCCAGUCUGGCUACCGCUAGAACCGUACCCAACAUCAGCAGGAGAUCUGCUGCCGGGUCGGAUGCUGCGAAUGUUGCAUUAUACAACCAAGCUGCCGCCCAAGCCAGCCAUCGACCUGGCGCUAUCAUUACCAGGCCGGGAAAGCACUGGGGUGUGGCUGGUGAAGUCGUGGCUGGCAGAAUGACACCUACUAGAGCUCGGCCUAACAUCACUGAGAAGGACACUCGGCACGCAAGGGAGGGGAGAACUGCCCAUAGUAGUGGUGCCAAGCGGAAAGCUGCAACUCCGUCUAGUGGUCAAGCUGGGCGUAGUGAGCAGCGAGCGGCUGCUUCGGGAAGUGGUGCCGAUAGGAGAAUAGACGGCCCGUCAAGUGGUAGGAUGGGGCUUUCCACCUCUGAGCAGGCCACCAGGGAGAGGGGCUCUGCUUCGAACGCUGAAGCCGGAAUACAGACUGCUGGUGCACGAAGUGAGCAACGAGAUCGGAAUAGGGGACCGUAUUGGACUGGCCAAAUCGGCUUGUAG